UUAGCCCUCCACUCCAAAAGUCCCUAAAGUCACGUACCCUUCUCUUCUCUUCUCCUCUCCAUUUGCUUUCUUCCAUUGCUAAGACCAAAAAGACCAGCCCUCCACAAGUCUUUCUCCCUAAAGUCACGAUACCAUUCUCUUCUCCACUCCCUUUGCUUUCUUCCAUUGCUAAGACCAAAAAGACUAGCCCUCCACCCCAUUUCUUUCUUCCUCUGUUAAGACCAAAAAGACCAGUCACAGUCAAUACAUUUCUCUUUUCCUUCUUCUUCUUCUUGUUUUCUUCAUCAACGACCAAUCCCCCCCUUCCCCUAUUUGUAGUAAGACUAAAAAAACUCUUAUCUUCUUUUCAUUCUUCUUCAUUCUCCAUUAAUAUUUUUGGGAUUUUGUUCUUCAUUCUCUUAUUUGCAAUAAUUAUUCUUCCAUAAUUGUAAUGGAAUCAACCAAUGAUGUAUUAACUACAGUUCCCACACCAUCAAACGAAUGUGAACAAAUGCCCAGAACUGUAUUAACGACAGAGCUUCCUUGUAUACCCCGUGUCAUUACUACUAAUACAGUUGCAAAAUCUAAAGUUACCAUCAGAUCUCCGCUGAGUGUAAUAGACCAAAUAAAAGAUUGGCUUUCAAAUUCUGACAAUGUCGUUUUUAAACAUUACACCCAGUUGGGUCGUUUGUUGGACCUCGACACUCGAGGCUCUUUCCCUGGCACUUUAGCAAACCAGGUAGUUUUGAGGAUGGUAGAUUGCCAAAAGAGGCAUGAGUUAUGGUUUUUUAUUAAUGGCAAACCUAUGAGGUUUUAUCUCCAAGAGUUUUCAAUAGUAUCUGGAUUGUACACUGGUGGUGGACCAACACCUGAAGAAAUGAAGGUUGUUUCUUUUGAGAACAAUUUAAAUAAAAAGUACUUCAAUGACAAGAUGUCUAUUAAAAUAGAGGACAUAGCUAGUGCUCUAGAUAGCAUAUCGAAAGAAUGUAGGACUAAGGACAGAGUGAAGUUGUGCUUUAUCUAUUUGCUCAACGCAUUUAUAAUAAUGUCAAGUCCUGGUUCGAUAGUAGAUCUUAAAUGGCUACAACUAGUGGACAAGCUAGAUAUAUUUGACAAAUAUUGUUGGGGGAAGCUGGCAUAUGAGAAACUAAUAGAGCAAAUCAAGAAAAAAUAUAUGAAGAAUAAUCCCACUGAGAAGGAGAUUAAGUGGAACUUCUUUAGUUAUCCUUGGAUAUUUCUGAUAUGGAUUUGUGAAGCAAUGCCAAAGUUGGGCGACAUGGUAGGACAAAGAAUCCCAAUAUUCUUCGAUGGCUUGGUUGGAAAAUAAAUAAUAAGCAUAAACUCACAGUUACAAGAAUAUCAAAAGUAAUAGAAAAUGAUGUUGAGGUAUUUAUCCACAUACAAAAUUAUUUAUUGUCUUGUAUUAAAAAAAUAUGAUCAAGGCAACUUAUGUUAGUUUUUUUUUUUUUUUGUGUAUUAGUUUUUUGUGCGACCUACAUUAGCUCCAACUUCAAAGGAGAAGACAUAACUUUUUUAUGAAAGGCUUGGUUGCUACAAGGACAAUGAAGAUGACGUAAUUGAUCAUAUUUCUUCAUUUUUAGUGGGUGAUGUCAUUUUACGUGAUCCACAAUGUUCUGCGCCACAUGUGGAGCCUCCAUCUUUGGGUGUGGAGCCUCCAUCUUCGAAUGUGGAGCCUUCCCAAUUCACUCCAAUUAGUCAAAUAUCAUAUUUGCAUCCAUCUUCACUGCCUCCCUCUUCUUAUGAUGCUCGUAGUGAGUUAUUGGAAUCAGUGAAGCGUUUGAUAGCCGACCAAGAAAAGUUGCACAAUGCAAGAUAUGAGGAGAUUGAACGUAUAAAUAAAGAAAGGAACGACGCAAUAAUGACAACCAUCGCCGACCAUGCUUACUUGAAUAGAGUGAGGCAUGAGACACUAUUAGAAAGAUUUGAUGUUUUGAUUGAUAUCUUUCGACCUAUAGCUGCGUAACUUUCUGGAGCUGGAGGAGAAAAGACUCCAAAAG